UUUUUUUCGUCUACACUAUCUCUAUAUCUCGCCGUACCCUGGUGGGAAGAGAGGGAAGCGGGAAAUAUCAACGAUUAUCCCAUCCCAAAAGUUUUUGCUCUUCACCUGCUUCUACUAGAAUGGGACAGAGGCACAACAGACGACGCACUCGCCCCCGAUCUCGAAACCGCUCCGUCAAUCUAGCUCAGCCUCCUGCUGCCAUCCUCUUACCAGCACAAUUCUGCGUUUCACUUUAUUCGUCAUCUCCCGACUGCCUUGGAAAUCGCCCUGCCUCGACCCGGCACUAUAGGGGCUUGACAUGGCAAGAUCGUGACUACAUCCUGGAACCGGAAACAGCCAUGAUGGAGACGAAUCAAUACCGUGUCUUUGGAGGAGAGCCUGGAGACGAUGUGGGCCUGUGCUAUCGCAUGCUCGAAUACUUCGGCGGACUUGAUUAUAUCGAUCCUAUGCAGGAAAUCAAGCCCUUGCCUGGAUGACUUUCAAACCGGAGUAUCCUGGCGAGCAUUGUGACAACGUUCUGCUGUGCUGU